AUGGUCCAUACAAAGACUCCCCAUAAGAUUCCCGAUACGCAUGAAAGCGUGGCUCUGUCUGGCUUCAGCACAGACCUGAGCAAGCAUGUCGAAAACCAUUACAUGGUAAGUGAAAUUGUGGAUGAGUACACUCUGCGCUUGGAGUCAUCUGCAGAACUCCCUCCCAGUUUGAUCCGGGGACAACUUGCCCGCGACGGUUGCAGUGUCCUCGUGCCCCGGUCCCAAUGCACGGGAUCAGGUGUGGCAUCCCUUGUGGGCCAGGUCCCCAAAUCAACGGAGGCAUGUUUGCAGGAUUGGCGAGCUGCCGUACGAGCAGCGCGACAAAUGGGCAUAAUGAAGAGUCUGCCUGCAGUUCUGCAUCCUAUUCUUCCCGAUACAGACUCCUUGCAUGUGGAACAGUGUGGAUGGCGGCAUUGCGAAGGCGUUUUUCGCCACAAUGGUCACAUGCAGUUUACUUUGGGACCGCUUGUUUCAAUUGUCUACAGCGAGGAACUUAGCAUGUGGUGUUUGCUGGCCGAUGUAACCGCAGCCUACCCUUUGGAAGAGCAGCGAUGUUACUUGGGCCUCGGAGAUUGGGACGGUCCUCAGCUUUUGUAUGUUCGUCAAGACCCGUCUCCAACAGGGCGUUGGGAGCCGGUGAUUGGCCCAGGGCCCGGCCCUACAAUCACAGCUCACAGAGAGAUGACCAUCUUGCUAUCUGAGUCAAGGCAGCCAUCUUUGCUGCUGCAUCCAAGUGUAGGCUCUGUAGUCCUGGACAUGCUGUUCAACUACCUCCAUGCUGAUUGGCGAGGUGGGUUCACACGAGGCCGUGUGUGCCAUUUCAGUUCGCUGGAAGCUAUCAUUGCGGCUUUUGGUCUGUGGAGAGGAGUUCGCACAUGUUCAGCAGUGUGCCGCACUUGGCAGGUCACUCUGAAGCCUUUUGGAGACUUGGUUCAAAUUUGCCAUCACGCUUUGCAGAUUCCGCAGGAAUCAAAGCUCCCUUUGCCUACUAUUCAACAGGCUGUCCAAGCCAUCAUGUUGAGCGGAAGUAUGUGGAGCGACGGACUCUCUGUGGUCAACUUCAAUGCCUUUUUGGAGCAUCUCUGGCCUUCCAAGGUGGAGCAGGUGGAGUUGUCAAGUGAGCUGAAUGACUUCAUGUUCCACCCAAGGCAUCUUCCCAUAGAAGACGGGAGAGAGGAGGGUUCCCCUUGCUACGCGGAUGGGACGCAGGCCAUUCUGAUUGUUUUUCCGGUGGCGGAGGGGGCUUUUGAGUUUGAAUGUUGCUAUGGACUGGAGAUGCCUGCAGCCCGUGUCGGUGAGGAGAUCUUGGAGUUCCAGUUACACGCAGGAAAAGGAACCGGGCAUUGCAGUAAGCCAUCGACAUGCAAGCGCUGUGAAAGGGAUAAAGAGGGAAGAUUUCGUCUUGGGGCUUCCCAGCUCUCUGGUCGCUGGGAUUUCGCCUUUCAAACUGUCAGCGGUGCAGAGAUCGUGCUCGAAAUCAAGGUCGACCUUCUCCCCUUCUUUGCAAAUUCCAAGGAUCCUGAGCUCAUAAGCCAGAUAAGAGCACUGGUCCCAUGGACAGAAGAAGACGUUGAGGAUGACUUUGGAUCUGAGGAUGAUCUAGGCGUUGAUGAGGAUAGUGGCGCUGAAGAUGAAGAUGAGGAGGAUGACGAUGCUGCAGACUCGGGCCAUGACUUCGUGCACAGUACCGAUGGCCAGGAAGAGGAAGCUGAAAUGGAGAAUAGGGAAUAG